AACUCUAGCUCCUGCUCUAGCUUCCAGGACCAGAAAAUUGCUAGUAUGUUUGACCUCUCAGCCGAAUACCGUCAACAGCACUUUCUGACCGGAUUACUUUUCACUGAAUUGGCAGCAGCGCUGGACGCAGACAGUGAGGGGAUUAGCAAGGUGCAAAGAAAAGCUGUCAGUGCUAUCCUUAGCCUGCUGAGUUCCCAUGACCUAGACCCACGCUGCUCCAAAAAAGAAGUGAAGAUUAAAAUUGCAGCUCUUUACCUCCCUUUGGUUGGUAUAAUUUUGGAUUCAUUGCCUCAACUCCAUGAUUUUACAAUUUCAGAUGCCCGCACCGGAAAGGGACGCACAGGAAACCCAGAAGAAGAACAAGACUCUGCAGGUGCAAUCAAUCAAAACGUGGCCCUUGCCAUUGCAGGGAAUCAAUUCAACCUUAGGAGCUCUGGAAUAUCUCUGGUGUCCCUGCCCUACAGACAGAGUGCCACAUUGGGUCCUGAUACUACUCGCAACCUUUUGAUCUGUUUCCUCUGGAUCAUGAAAAAUGCUGAUCAGAAUCUAAUACAGAAAUGGAUUGCAGACCUUCCAUCCAUGCAGUUGAACAGGAUUUUAGAUCUUCUCUUCAUUUGUGUCUCAUGCUUUGAGUACAAGGGCAAGCAAAGCUCAGAUAAAGUUAGCACCCAAGCGCUCCAGAAGUCACGAGAUGUUAAGGCCCGAUUAGAAGAGGCUUUGCUGAGAGGUGAAGGAGCCAGAGGAGAAAUGAUGAAGCGCUGCAGAAUACCAGCUGGGAAUGACAGAUCAGCGGGGCUAAAUGAAAACCUGCGCUGGAGAAAGGAGCAGACUCACUGGCGACAGGCAAAUGAGAGGCAAGAUAAGACAAAAGCUGAGCUAGAUCAAGAAGCUCUGAUCAGUGGAAACCUGGCAACUGAAGCUAACCUGAUCAUUCUCGAUAUGCAAGAGAACAUCAUCCAGGCAAGCUUUGCAGCAGAAUGCAGAGACAACCUUCUGGGAGGAGUUUUGAAAGUCCUGGUAAACUCUCUUGGCUGUGAUCAGAGUACCACUUACCUGACUCAUUGCUUUGCUACACUCAGAGCGCUCAUUGCUAAGUUUGGCGAUAUCCUGUUUGAAGAGGAAGUCGAACAGUGUGCUGACUUGUGUCAAAGAGUCCUCCAUCACUGUAGCAGCAGCAUAGAUGUUACACGGACACAAGCGUGUGCCACUCUCUACCUUCUCAUGAGAUACAGCUUCAGCUCUACCAGCAAUUUUGCAAGAGUGAAGAUGCAGGUGACCAUGUCUCUAGCCUCUCUGGUUGGCAAAUCACCUGAGUUUAAUGAGGAAUUCCUUCGACGAUCCUUACGAACCAUCCUAGCUUAUGCAGAGGAAGAUGCAGAUAUGCAGGCAACUCCAUUUCCCAUUCAGGUAGAGGAGCUGCUGUGUAAUCUGAACAGCAUUCUGUCAGAUACAGUGAAAAUGAGGGAAUUUCAGGAAGACCCGGAGAUGCUCAUGGAUCUCAUGUACAGAAUUGCCAAAGGAUACCAGACAUCGCCCGACUUGAGGCUGACUUGGCUGCAGAACAUGGCAGAGAAGCACACCAAGAGGAAGUGCUACACAGAAGCAGCUAUGUGUCUGGUCCAUGCUGCAGCACUGGUGGCAGAGUACCUCAGCAUGCUUGAAGAUCGAAACUAUCUCCCAGUGGGCAGCGUCAGUUUUCAGAACAUUUCAUUCAAUGUGCUGGAGGAAUCUGCUGUUUCAGAUGAUGUUUUGUCUCCAGAUGAAGAUGGUAUAUGUUCUGGGAGGUAUUUCUCAGAAAGUGGCCUGGUAGGGCUGCUUGAACAAGCAGCAGAGCUCUUCAGCACGGGAGGAUUGUAUGAAACUGUGAACGAGGUGUACAAAAUUGUCAUCCCCAUACUGGAAGCCCAUCGAGACUUCAGGAAGCUUACCCUGACACACAGCAAGCUACAGAAGGCCUUUGACAGUAUUAUUAAUAAGGGUCAAAAGCGAAUGUUUGGAACUUACUUCCGAGUUGGUUUCUAUGGAUCCAAAUUUGGGGACUUGGAUGAACAGGAAUUUAUUUAUAAGGAGCCUACAAUUACCAAACUUCCCGAGAUUUCUCACAGAUUAGAGGGAUUUUAUGGCCAGUGUUUUGGUGAGGAUGCUGUGGAAGUGAUUAAGGACUCUGCUCCUGUAGAUAAAAGAAAGCUGGAUCCCCAUCAGGCAUACAUACAGAUCACUUUUGUGGAGCCAUAUUUUGAUGAGUAUGAGAAGAAAGACAGGGUAACCUAUUUUGAGAAAAACUUCAACCUCUCUCGGUUCAUGUACACUACACCUUUCACCAUGGAUGGGCGCCCCAGAGGAGAGCUUAGCGAGCAAUACAAGAGGAACACCAUCCUAACCACAAUGCAUGCUUUCCCCUACAUCAAAACUAGAAUCAACGUCAUCCAAAAAGAAGAGUUUAUUUUAACCCCAAUUGAAGUUGCUAUUGAAGAUAUGCAGAAAAAAACACAGGAGCUAACUGCAGCCACUAACCAAGAACCACCAGAUGCCAAAAUGCUUCAGAUGGUUUUGCAGGGCUCAGUUGGAGCCACUGUAAAUCAGGGGCCGCUAGAGGUAGCGCAAGUGUUCCUGGCUGAUAUUCCAGCAGACCCCAAACUUUAUCGACGUCACAACAAGCUGAGGUUGUGCUUCAAAGAGUUUAUAAUGAGGUGUGGUGAAGCAGUGGAGAAAAACAAGCGCCUUAUUACUGCUGACCAGCGGGAAUAUCAGCUAGAGCUCAGAAAGAACUACGGGAAGCUGAAGGAGAACCUCAGGCCCAUGAUUGAGAGGAAGAUUCCAGAGCUGUACAAACCUGUAGUGAAAGUCCAUAGCACAAGGGAAUCUUUUCGUAACCACAGUUUUAGGAAAUAUGAUGCCCAGACUUCUUCACAAAGCACCUAA